CAAACACGAUUCAACAGUGUUUCAUUUUCAUUCGUGUCAGUUGUGUCAGCUAUGAAUAAAAGUGUGUUGUUCUCUUAGCCUAUACAAAUCAGCUGUUUUGCAUAACAUAGCGAAUCCGGUUGAUUUGCGGUCAGAAGAAGAACAACCAAGGAUCAUGCUAAAAACUGUUGUAAGCCGGUUGUUACAAAAUAAUUCCGCAACAUGUAUGGGCCGGACGAACUUGGUUCGCCGCAACAUCAACCUGAUUCCCAUGGUAGUGGAGCAAACUGGGCGAGGUGAAAGGGCGUACGACAUAUUUUCACGUCUGCUAAAGGAGCGGAUUAUUUGCCUGAUGGGCAACAUUACCGAUGAUAUCAGCUCCACCGUGGUGGCCCAGUUGCUGUUCCUGCAAUCAGAGAAUGUCAACAAGCCCAUACAUCUGUACAUCAAUUCCCCGGGCGGUGUUGUGACUGCUGGCUUAGCCAUCUACGAUACAAUGCAGUACGUCAAGCCACCGAUUGCUACGUGGUGCGUGGGCCAGGCCUGCUCAAUGGGUUCCCUCUUGCUGGCGGCAGGUGCACCGGGUAUGCGUUACUCGCUGCCAAAUGCCCGGAUUAUGAUACAUCAGCCCUCGGGCGGCGCACAAGGUCAAGCAACAGACAUUCUUAUACAUGCCGAGGAAAUCAUCAAAAUUAAGCGGCAGCUAACCAAAAUUUAUGUAAAGCAUGCGAAUAACUCAUACGAUGAGAUGUGUGCCCGAAUGGAGCGUGACCACUUUAUGACCCCCGAGGAGGCCAAGACCCUGGGGAUAAUCGAUCACGUCCUCGAACAUCCUCCGGAGACGGUUUCCGAAACAGGGCCAACAACGGAUGAUGGCAUAGGUAAAGCCCUAUCAGAAGACUCGGAAAAAAAGAGAUCCAAGCAGGCGGCCUAGAAUUUCCCUUUCAAAUGUAAAAUCCUAAAUUCAUCCUUACAAUUUGAUCAUGUUUCGAUUUUCAACUUGAAUGUCGAUAGCUUUCAAAAACGAUAAGCCUAAAAAAAAAAAAAAUAUAUAUAUAAAAUAUUCAAAAAUGUAUAAAAUUAAUACAACGGAAAACGAAGAUGAUAAAUAACAAUUGGAUUACUUUCCAAUGCUUGUAACGAAACGAUAAGCCGCUGUCCGUUUAUAUAAUAGUCCCUGUAUCUGAUUCAUAUUUAAAAGAUUAUUUGCGUGCUCUGCUCUAUAAUAACACAGCUUUUCAAGUCGA